AUGACAGAAUUAAAUAUUGAUUGUCUUAAUCUUAUUUUUAACGAAUUACGAAAAGAUAAAGAAACUUUAUAUUCAUGCCUUUUAGUUAAUAAAAGGUGGUGUCUUUUAGUUGUUCCUAUUUUAUGGGAAAAACAUACAUGGAAUUUUUAUCAUGAUGAAGCAGAAAAAAAGUUUUAUAAUAUAAUACUUUCAUCUUUAUCAUCAUCAUCAAAGAAAUUUUUAAAUGAUAAUAAUAUUAAAUUACCUUCAACAAUUAUUUCAAAAUCAUUAACAUUUAAUUAUAUUAGUUUUUGUAAAAUUCUUGAAUCUAGGACUAUAGAUGGAAUUAUAACAAAAUUUUUUAAGGAUAAAAAAUUUAAAGAUGAUAAAAGAAAACUUUUAGAACAAGAAAUUUACAAAUUAUUUGUUAAUGAAUGUAAAAAUAUUAAAGAAAUGGAUUUAUAUACAUCACAACCUUUAUCAUUAUUUCAAGGAGCUUCAACAUUCUUUUAUAAUGUUAAAAAAUUAUCUAUUACAAUUAAUUGUAUAUUACCUAACACACUUCAUGAAAUGGCAAAAUUUUGUAUUUAUUUAAAUGAAUUAAUUAUUCAUAAUUGUUCUCAAUAUAAUUCAGGUUUAAUUUCUUUAAUUGAUUCUCAAAAGAAUUUAAAAAUUGUAUCAAUUUAUCCUGAUAGUAAAGCGGGAACUUGUAAGGAGUUAGGAAAAGUAUUGGGAAGAAAGGGUAAUACAAUAAAUGAUCUUAGUUUAUAUUCAAUUAACAUUAUUCCGUUAAUAUCACUCGUUAAUUUAAAAAAUUUAUUAAUUUAUAAUUUUGAACUUUAUGAUAUUAAUAGUAUAGAGAUUAAAAGAUUUCGUCAAUAUUUAGAAAAUUCAAAAUUUUCAAACCUUCAAAUUCUUGACGUUUAUGGAUUAUCUUGUUUUAAAGAAUUAGCAACGUUAAUUAAAAAUACUGAAGAGAACCUUUUAGAAAUUUCUAUAAUUACUAAAUAUGUUAAUACUAAUAAUUUGGAAAUUUUUAUUAAUUCAAUUGCGAAUAAUUGUCCAAAAGUUAGAGAUUUAUCCAUUGGUAUUACAUCAAAAGAAUUUAUUCUUAUUAAAUCAAUAUUAUUAAAUUGUAGAAAUUUAAUAUGUAUAGAAUUUGAUAGUAUAUGUUAUGAAAAUGAUAUUAUAGGUGAUGAAAUAUUAAAUUAUUUAAUUGAUUAUUCACCAAAAUCUUUAAAUAAAUUAAUACUUAGUGGAAAUUGGAAAUAUUCAAUUGAUAUUUUUAAAAGAUUUCUUGAAAGUUGUAGGAAUCAUAAAUUAAUUCUUUUUGGAAUUACAUAUGAAAUUUUUAUUACAGAUGAUCAUGUAGAAAUUGCUAGAAAAUAUGUUAAUGAAGGAGUGAUAGAUGAGUUUAAAAUUUUAUAUCCAUCUCAUACAUCCCAUAGUUAUAUUUAA